CGCCGGGAAGGACUGGGAGUUGGAGGCCCCGAACGGUCCGUUGCAGUUGGUAACUGUUGUCGGUACCAUGUCCCGCGUGUCGGUGCCCUGCCAUGUGAAAGGCACCGUAGCCCUGCAGGUUGGUGACGUGCGGACCUCCCAAGGCCGACCUGGCGUUCUGGUCAUCGAUGUCACCUUCCCGAGCGUCCCACCCUUCGAGUUGCAGGAGAUCAUGUUUAAGAAUUACUAUACAGCCUUUUUGAGCAUCCGUGUUCGUCAGCAUACCUCGACACACACACCAGCCAAAUGGGUGACCUGCCUGCGGGACUACUGUCUGAUGCCUGACCCACACAGUGAGGAGGGAGCCCAGGAGUACGUAUCACUGUUCAAACACCAGAUGCUGUGUGACAUGGCUAAAGUACUGGAGCUACGCCUGAUUCUGCGGCAGCCAUCACCACUGUGGCUGUCUUUCACAGUGGAGGAGCUGCAGAUCUACCAGCAGGGACCAAAGAGCCCCUCCAUUACCUUCCCCAAGUGGCUCUCCCACCCAGUGCCCUGUGAGCAGCCUGCCCCCCUCCUUGAGGGUCUCCCAGACCCCAGCAGGGUAUCCUCCGAGGUGCAGCAGAUGUGGGCGCUGACAGAGAUGAUCCGGGCCAGUCACACUUCCACAAGGAUCGGCCGCUUUGAUGUGGAUGGCUGCUAUGACUUGAACUUGCUCUCCUACACUUGAAUGGUGGAUCCUAGCUGAGAUGUUGGCCUUUCUGUGCCUACCCAGGCUUGGUUUGGACCACCAGAGGCCGAACUGUGUUCCCUGUACAUUCUGAGUGUUGCCUGCAUACCUGUUCUGUCUGGGCCAUGUUCACAGACUCAAGAUUCUGGGGGGCUUACUGUUUUGCUUCAGCAUGAGCUCCCCGCAGGAGUGUGCUCUGUCUUCACCCGACUGUAAUCCAUCUCUUCCUUCUCCUCCUCUAAAAGCACUCCAUUUCUACUUGUUAAAAAUCUCCAAGUGUUCUCUGGCCCUCCUGCCAACAUGUACACUCCUGUCUUUUGCCACUCCCAUCACCCUGAGUGCAGUGGGCUGGGAUGACCUACUAGAACCUGCUCCAUCUAACCUUGGAAGGCCACUGCUACCAUGGCACUCUUGCAGAUUGGGAAGUUUGAGGAAGAAACAGAAACCCCAUUUCUUCCUCUGCACCCCCUACUGGACUUCUUUCCCUUUAUGUUUUGCUCACAAAAAGAAAUGUCCUGUCUAAACUCUUCCGCUGCCUAGGAAGCAAAGCUGGGGAUUUGGGUAGCCUAAAUCCCUCAGUCCCUGAGCUGGCUCCUGGACAUAUGUUCAAAUGGGUGUUCCCAUUGGUCCUGGGCAGGUGCCUCUGAAAAGGCCAGGGCCUGAGAAUGAGACCUGGGACCUAUCUGCCAUCUGACCAAAGCACAUCCCUGUCCCUUCUCCCAAUUGUCCCUUUCCAAGAGUCAUAAUGAGGCAUCAAUCUUGGUGGGGGGCAGGUCCAAGUGAGGGUUCUCACUGAGGCCUUUAAAGAGGCUGAGUUCCUCCAUUACCUCAGGUUAACAGUUAAAGGAUGCAGGCUGCUGUUCCUUCAUGUGAGAAGCUUGUGAGAAAAAUCCCACUUCCCCCCUGGCUCUUCCUGGCUUUGCCUCUGGGGGGUAUUAUGAAGUAAAAUUCCAGCAUGUCUUGGACUUGCAAAAUUGGAUAUGUGUGUGGCCCAACAGUUUUCUGGGGGAAUUUGAGCCACCUUUUGGUGGCCACCCUCUGCUGUCAUCCAUCAGAGUUCUUGCAGGUGGUGUCUUUACCUGCAGGGUCAUUUACUUAGCCCCAUUUAGCUUUUUCUGAAAGGUUGAUGACCAUAAUCCUGUUUUCAGGGAUCAAAGAUCCUCAGUGUGUGUGUGUGAGUGGAGAGGACCCUGGGGUGGCAGAGACCAUGCUACAUUCAAAGCUGUGUCCUCAGCACCCAGCACAAGGCAUGGUGUACAGCAAGAUCAAUAAAUACUUGUGGAAGCAUGA